UUGACCCAUUCCCCCACACGCGCGCACACAAGCACGCGUGUGUCACUGUGUAUGUGUAUAUAUGUACUUGCUCAUGUUUGGAGUACAAUGCUUCUGAAGCUCUGUUUAGUCGUGUCCAAAUGUCAAAACCUCUCAAGUUUCUUCUUUGGUCAUCUCUUGCUUUGUUGCUUCUUCAGAUAGGUUCUGGGCUAAAAUGUGAGAGCAAAAGCAGCGAACCAACGGUGAAGCAGACGCAGGUGAAGGGGAGACAAGGAAUCAAGUUCAGAGUUGAGGUAAUGAACAAAUGUCCAAUGUGCCCAGUCAUCAACCUUCGUCUGAAAUGUCAAGGAUUUCCUCAGUCGCUUGUGGACCCCACACUCCUCCGUGUUCUCUCCUCUUCCACCGGAAACUGCGUAGUUAACGACGGCUUGCCCUUGAGUCCAAUGCAAACUCUCUCUUUCAACUACUCCAACUCACACCAGUUUGCUCUGCGUCCUCUUUCAUGGUCAUUUCAGUGCGAGUAAACCAAUAAAAUAGUUUAAAAUCAAUAAAACAAGAUAUGUUUGUUUGUUCAUCAAAUCUGCUGCUGGUUUUUCUUUGUAUUAUCUUCUAUAUAUUCAGACCAUUUUUACCA